UCUCUCUCUCUCUCUCUCUCUCCCUCAUCCAUUAGCAGGAAGACGAGAAGAGGCGAAACGACAGAGGCAGACGGAGCACAAGGAGACGAGAAAGGGACAGAAGAGUCGAGCGAUAAGACGAGAAGAAGACGAGAGGAAGAGCAAAGCAUCAUGGACGCUCUGAAGAAGGGAUUCUCCAUGGCGAAGGGUGGAGUGGUGUCCGCUGCCGAGAAGACGAAGGCCGGCGUGGAGGAGGCCGCCACCAAGACCAAGGAGGGAGUCAUCUAUGUCGGAAACAAGACGAUGGAGGGAGUCGUGACCGGAGUCAACACAGUUGCCCAGAAGUCAACUGAACAGGCCAACGUUGUUGCCGACACUGCCGUCACCGGGGCCAAUGAAGUCGCCCAGGCCGCGGUGGAGGGGGUGGAGCAUGCAGCUGUGGCGAGCGGAUUCGUCAGCACGGAGGAGGCGGGACCAGUGGCUGAGGAGGCCGACCUUCCAAAGACAGAAGCUGAAGGACAAAGCGAACCGGCCGGACAGUAGACUCCGAGGGGAACCAGAGGAAACUAACUUCACAACAUUUAACCUUUGACCUUUGACCUGCUCAUCACUAACAGCUGCUUCUUCACCACAUUAACCAAGAGACAGCCUGUCCUCCGUUGACAUGGUUACACUGCCUCUGCAUCAUACUUGUCUCUCAUUGUGCACACACACACACACACACACACACACACACACUGUCAGUUUGUAACACCAUGCACUAAGCUGGUUGGUCGGUGUAGGACGACAUCACUCAGGACACUUUGCUGACUCCGCCCCCUGACAGAGACAUCUGAGGCCUUAAACUGCAUGUUGCUUUACUCUCUCACACACACACACACACACACACACACACACACACACACUCACACACAGAUAUAAGCGAGCUUCAGGGCAGAUUCUUGUUUUAUAAAACACAAGUGAAAUAA